GACCAGUGCAUUCAUGUGAAUGCUACUGAAGAUCUCAUAACUGAAUUUGAUGAUAUGAUGGGGCAGACAUUGCAAUCAGCCUAUGAUAGAGUGAAUAAUUCCAUGACAGACACACGUAAUCAUCCUUAUGGCCAAGUGAAACCAACAGUUGAUGUAUAUGGAUUUGAUGACAGUUCGACCUGCUGUGUCACAUUAUGUGAAAAUGGUGCCAAGACGUACUCCAUUGUCAGCAUUUGCUACCAAGGCAGAAAACCAGAACUUAAAUGUCACUCUGGUAAAUUAGUUAAAUGCAUGCAUGUCAAUGCUAUUUUAGACCAAGAUGGAUUUGUGAGUGACAUUUCAACUAAAUUUUUAAAGGAAUUAAAUGUUUUGCCUCAAUGGAGAUCGCGGUAUGUUCCAGUAAGCGUUUCUGAAAAACCUAUACCUUUUUCAUGUUUACCAGAAGAACAGAAAACCAAUCGUCACUCUUGGAAAAAAUCUUCAAAAGAUGGGUUCAUACAUUUGGUGCCACCAGUUGAUGGUCUCUGCACAUGUGGUUGUUCUUGGAGCGAUUCAAAGAUGUGGGACACUGUGAAAAUAUUCAGUGAAAAUGACAUAUUUUCAGCUAAAGUUUACUUCAGGCCAUGUUCCAAUGAACUGUGUCAAGGCAUGAAAGAGUACGAUGGAGGAGAGGAUCAACUUCUGAACAUGGGAACUUACCUGAUCAGUCAUUCGGUAUUUUUUAAGGAACUACAUGAAACAAUUCCUUACUCAAGGGUAAAGAAGUGAUUUGGUUGCAUAUUUUACAUCAUAUCUAAGUUUGGACAAUUAAAAGUACCUAAUGAACAUUGUUAUAUGACGUCAAAACAAACCUGAAUAAGUUAAUUAUACUUAAAAGUUAACACUAAAAAAACUUUCCCUUUAGUAGUUUUGACUUCCAUAACUAAAAUAUAAUUCGCCAUCAAUUUUGUAUAUUUUUUGGGUUUACAUCGCUUAAAUUAAAAGUAAACACUUAUUUCUAGUUACA